GUGACCCAGCGGCUGGCCCAAUCAGCGCAGCCCUCGGAGUUAUUCAAAUCGGCGGCGGGGCGUCCAGUCCUGUAUCCCGAUGCGUGCUUUUCCGCCACCAUGAGUGCUACCUGGCGCUGACUAUGGACCCUCGGGGUGGGCCUCCCGGGCCUUACCGGGCCACCAAGCUGUGGAAUGAAGUCACCACAUCUUUCCGAGCAGGAAUGCCUCUUAGAAAGCACAGGCAGCACUUUAAAAAAUAUGGCAAUUGUUUCACAGCAGGAGAAGCUGUGGAUUGGCUUUAUGACCUGUUAAGAAAUAACACCAAUUUUGGUCCUGAAGUUACAAGGCAACAGACUAUUCAGCUAUUGAGAAAGUUUCUUAAGAAUCAUGUAAUUGAAGAUAUUAAAGGCAGAUGGGGAUCCGAAAACCUUGAUGACAACAACCAGCUAUUCAGAUUUCCUCCAACUUCUCCACUUAAAAGUCUUCCAAGGAGGCAUCCAGAAUUGAGAAAAAACAACAUAGAAAACAUUGCCAAAGAUAAAGAGAGCAUUUUUAAAUUACGAAACUUAUCUCACAGAACUCCUAAGAAGCAUGGAUUAUUUUACUCUCAGGAAAAUAGAGAGAAAAUAAAUCAUGAAGUAACCAGUGAAGAUCAAGAAAACCCUACAGAUAAUAGAGAAUUAAGCCAAGAAGAUGUUGAAGAUGUUUGGAAAUAUAUUAUUCUACUCUACCUACAAACUAUUUUAGGUGUGCCAGCUCUAGAAGAACUCAUAAAUCCAAAUCAAAUAAUUCCUCAAUAUAUAAUGUACAACAUGGCUAACACAAGUAAGCAUGGAGUCGUUGUUCUACAAGACAAAUCAGAUGAUCUUCCUCACUGGGUAUUAUCUGCCAUGAAGUGCCUGGCAAAUUGGCCAAGAAGUAAUGAUACAAGUAAUCCAACUUACGUUGGAUUUGAACGAGAUGUAUUUAGAACAAUUGCAGAUUAUUUUCUAGAGCUCUCUGAACCUCUGCUUACAUUUGAAUAUUAUGAAUUAUUUGUGAACAUUUUGGUUGUUUGUGGCUACAUCACAGUUUCAGAUAGACCCAGUGGGAUACAUAAAACCCAAGAUGAUCCACAGUCUUCAAAAAUCCUUCAUUUAAACAAUAUGAGUUCCUUCAAAUCAACUGAAUGUCUCCUUCUCGGUCUUCUUCACAAAGAUAAAAACAAAGAAGAAUCAGAUUCAACUGAGAAACUACAGAUAAAUGAUCAAAGAUUUCAAGAAAAAUAUGCUGAGAAAAUGCAGCUAGUUAAUUUAAGAACUAGAAGAGCCAAUGCUAAUGACAUAAUGGGAGGAAGCUGCCAUAACUUAAUAGGCCCUUUAAGUAGUAUGCAUGUUUUUUCCUCUAACAUCAAACCAAGGUGCUCUUCUUUGGAAGGAAUUGUAGAUUUGCCAGGGAAUUCAAGGAGAAAGGUGUCCAAUAUCUUCCAUCACUCUGUUGUGAAUGUAGAAGAACAACAUAAACAGUUUUUAGAUUCAAAUCCCAAACAAGAAUCCCUAUUAAAUCAUCAUUCAGAGCAAAGUAUUCCCAAGCCACUCUGUGUUGGUUUUAAGAGAACCUCUACUUUGACAGUUCAAGACCAAGAAGAGUUAUAUAAUGGAAAAUGCAAGUCCAAACAGCUUUGUAGAUCUCAGAGUCUGCUUUUAAGAAGUAGUACAAGAUGGAAUAGUUAUAUCAAUACGCCGGUGGCUGAAAUUAUCAUGAAACCAAAGUUCGGACAGUGCAAUCCAAGUGACCAGACAGCUCUGGAAAGUGGACUUGCAGAGUUUAGUACCACAAUCAAUAAAAGACUGUGCAAAAGUACAAUAGAACUUUCAGGAAUGUCUUUACCUCCAGCUUCUUCUGUGUUGACUGGCACACAAAGCAUGCUGCAACCUCACUUAGAGAGAGUUGCCAUCGAUGCACUGCAGUUAUGUUGUCUGUUACUUCCCCCGCCAAAUCGGAGGAAGCUUCAGCUCUUAAUGCGCAUGAUAUCUCGAAUGAGUCAAAAUGUUGAUAUGCCCAGGCUGCACGAUGCAAUGGGUACAAGAUCACUGAUGAUACAUACAUUUUCUCGAUGUGUACUAUGCUGUGCUGAAGAAGUGGAUCUUGAUGAGCUUCUUGCUGCAAGAUUAGUUUCUUUCUUAAUGGAUCAUCAUCAAGAAAUUCUGCAAGUACCUUCUUACUUACAGACUGCAGUGGAGAAACACCUUGACUACUUAAGGAAGAGCUGUGUUAAAACUCCUGGAGAGGUACUGGUUGCUCCAUUGCCAACUUACUCUUACUGUAAGCAGAUUAGUGCACAGGAGUUUGAUGAACAGAAGGUUUCUACCUCUCAAGCUGCAAUUGCAGAACUUUUAGAGACUAUUAUUAAAAAUAAAAGUUUAUCUGUAAAGGAGAAAAAAAGAAAAUUGAAACAGUUUCAGAAGGAAUAUCCCUUGCUAUAUCAAAAAAGAUUUCCAACCACAGAGAGUGAAGCAGCACUUUUUGGUGACAAACCUACAAUCAAGCAACCAAUGCUGAGCUUAAGGAAACCAAAGUUGCAUAGCCUGAGAUACUAAGAGAAUGAAAAUAUCUCAUGCUGUUGAAACGCUGAGAAAUGAAGCCAUAUCUGAGAAUCUAGCUACUUUAGGAAGUCCUAAUAAACAUGUAGAGAAGUGCCAAAAUAGUUUUGUUAAUCAAUGUGAGACUGCUAAGCAGCUCCUGGAUCUCAGCUUCUCAGCUGAGAGGAUAUAACAAGAGGUAAUGAUAAUAGUUUAGACAGAAACACUCCUUUUUUAAAAACAAUUAUGUAGAAGUUACUGUGAUUGUACUAAAUUUUUAUUUAUUUGAAUUUUGAAAACUAGGCAGUGGUCAAGAUUAAGCUGUAAUCCUUUUUUUCUUUUUUAAGAAAAUUUAUCUACACAUGUGACUAUGGAUAUUAGCUAAAGAACUAGUUUCUUGUUCCUAAAUGUAAGGAUAUGAAGAAUAUUUGAAAGUUCAUUGUGUUUUCAGUUGCUAAAUAUUGCACUCCCUUUUAUGUUUUUUUUCCUACUUUUGAUCUAUUUAUAUAUUUGGGGGCUGAGUUUUAUUGUUUGUUGAUUGGGGGGGUGGUUUAGGGGUGUUUUGUUUUUGAGACAGGAUCUCACUAGCUGGCAUCAAACCCAAGUUCUUCAUGCCUCAGCCUCCUGAAUGCUAGAAUAAUAGGCAUGUACACCUGACUUUUAUAUUUAAAACAUGAGUUUUUAAAGCAUGUUUAUAUAACUACUUCAGUCACUUAUUUUAUCCAUAGAUAUGUUUGAAUUCUUUGAUUCAUGAUGUAGGACAAGAUGGAGAUACAAAGAAGUAUAAGGCAAUCAAUCGAGUAUUCGCUCAAAAGAGUAUUUAGUAACUGCUCUGUGCCGUGCUCUGUUCCUUUCAUGUGAAGACUGUGAUGAAUGAAACAGAAAAAACAUCCUUUCUAUCUAAGGGAACAAGAUACUCCCCAAAGUCAAAGUGGAAAUCUUUCAGCUGAAAACUGACCUUCCUGAUUAUGGACAAGUUCUCUAGUGCUUUCCAAGCUGAUGCCCAUCAGAGCAUCUGAGGCAUUUUAAAAUAAUCUCUAUACCCCAGGGCCUGUCUUCUAGCAAUUCUGUAUUACAAACAUAGUAUAUAGACAUAGGUUUGGGGGUUUGGGUUCUAGGUUUUUUUGAGACUGUCUCAUUAUGUAGCCAACGCUGGCCCCAAACUUUCAAUUCUUAUGUCUCAGCCUCCUAAAUGCUGGGAUUACCGUCAGUAGGCAUUGGUAUUUUUAAAACUUUCUAGGUCAUUGCAAAAUUCAUCUCACAUUUCUCAGUGUUAGCACUGGCACAGUCCAUGGAGCACUGAGUUUACUUUUCAUUGGAAGAUAAUGCCAAGAAUAAAUUCCUUUUGACAUGAGCUCCUUCAGAUUUCUGCUUUUGACUUGGUAUACAGUUGAAACCAUUUUUUUUUCAAAAAUCAUGUAAAGUCUGUUGGUUAAAUAUAAAGGAAUAUAUAAUACAUGUAACAAACUCAAUGUUUAAUAACUUAAAUUCUCAGUUUAAAUGUAUACUGUUCUAUAUACAGAAUGACAAUGUUUCAUUUUGUUACUAUUUUUUUAUUAAAAAUUUAAUAGAAAUGAUAAAUAUACCUUUAGCCCAGAAAAAAUGCUUGUAACAAAUUAGAAUUUGAAUUCUAAGGUGCUUGUAUGCUAAAACUUUUCUUGUUUAAGGGUAUAUGAAAAUGUGAAUUAUGUUUCAAAUUAGCAUAAAGUAUUGUGGGUUUUGUAACACUUUAAUUUUGCUUAUGUAUUUAUUGACAUCGCAUAUAAAAACAUUAAAAACAGUAA